CGCGCCGCCCAGCUCUUCAUAACCGCAAGGAGCACAAGAGUUCGAGCAGACAUACUGAAGACGCGGCUCGAGCGGCACGGAGCACAUCCAGAUCAAGGUCAAGGACGCGAGGCCGCAAACUCAAGCAGAAGCCCAAUCACAGGCCAGCAGCAAAUGCAGCGGGUCUGCGCUCGCUUCGCCCAGGAUGGAUGAGGAAUUGGGCAUCGGCAUGGCCAUGGGAUCUCCCUCUAAGGACGGCGUCGAGUUUGAAGCAGCAGCCAGAGGUAGAGCAGCGGCGAUGCAAGAUACCAGAACCGCUUUCAAGCAAGCAAGUCCCAAUGCGAACCCGCACGCCGCCACGAUUAUGACGCCUUCGACGCGGUCAUCAGACUAUCCGAACAAACGCGAACGCGACGGCGAGGGAGAGAGAAACGAGCGUCACAUGAUUUCGCCGACCAUGUCCGUUCCGAAAUCUGUCUCGUCAGACAGCGACUCAACGAUUUUCGACCUGGCCUCCAGCAGCCGACCUCGCACGUCCCCCCGCGCGCGUCCUGGCACAUCUUCCGGCUCCGGUUGUGGCUCUGGCGCUGCUAUCGGUUCGCCCUCUGCGCAAAACAUGGUAGGAAGGGUGCUUGACUACGGCCUCGGCACGUCGCCCACAUCCGCCAGUCACAUGUUCCAUGCCGCACCCAGCGCCUCCGCACCGAGCCCAAACUCGGAGGGCGGAGCCGGUCGCACAUCCGUCGUUGUUGCGGAUAACCGCACUUCACCUGCCCCCAGUACCCCCGGUUCUGCUACUGCACCGGAGGGUAUAAGCAACUACGCGUGGCCGGCGCAUAUGCGAAAGACCGCCGCGAUGGUGCAGGCGCCAACGGAGGAAGCGCCAGAGCCGCAAGGCAGCUUUACCACGAUGCAGUCGCCCGAAAAGUUGGCGACGAUUGCGUCGUACAGGCCAACGACUGCCCCCUCGCUGACUUCAAUCGGCGAGAUCUUUAUCCUCGAACCCCGCACGGUUGCAGGCACUGGAUCCCGGUCAGCGGCUGCAGCAGAGCAACCAUGGCACCCCAUACAGCAGGAGCAGCCAGUAUUGCAUCCCAGCAUUAUACCACAUGCAUCCGUGCUCUCACACUCGCACAGUAGCAGCCAGCGCGGGUCCUUCUCGUCCAGCAACACACAGCAUACCAGCAGCAGCAAGGAUGGCUUCUCCAUGACCGGCCCCAACUCGGCGCUCGCAGCAGCUGCGGCGGCCGCGACGAAAGGGCUCGAUCGCGAUUCGGGAAGGCGCAACAGUGGGUCCGGCAGCGCCAUCGGGUCCGCAUCUGAGACUGCGGCUGGUUCGCGCGCUGCUUCCUCUGCAGGCGCAGGUGGUGCAGCGGGCGCUGGGUCCGUGUCUGCGGUAAAAUCCGGCUCAGCGUCUGCAACCGCGUUUGGCAGUCGGGCGCCGAGCGCUAUUGAUGCAGCGCAGCCCAGCAUGGCGCCGAAGACCACGAAAACUAUCACCGCAGCAGCAGGCGUAGCAGCUCCGAACAGUCAAGCGGCGUCCGCGAGAGCGUGGCCGCCGACAAUCAGCGACGCAGCGGAGGGUCGCAGCACCAGCAGGGACGGCAACCCCACUACAUUGAUGCAACCGUCUUCUCACCCUGCCACCAUAGCUCUGUCCGCCGCCUCGAAUGGUAGCAUUAUGCCCAAUGCAAGCGCAGGCACAGCGCCUACAGAAGCUCGUCCGCCUUCGAGCGGCGAGUACGGCAAGCCGCCCUCGUACUUUUCGGGCCACGGAUCCUCGUCAGCGGCGAGCGGCAGAUCUUCAUCGCAAAGCACGGACGCCACCAGCUCAGGCGCUUGUGCAGGCGCUGCUCUGAGUCUCGGUGGCGGUGGCGCAAAUGCUUCGGCCGCAGUGGCUCCACAGCCGCCUGUUGCUCUCGAAGGCAGGUGCCAGUACACUUUGCGUAGCGACAAGCCGAUUCCGCCGGGAACUGCGCCGAGUAUGAUACAUGGCAACGCAGCAGGCUCUUCUGCCGGGCUGGCUGCCACGAACGGAGGGCUGACGCCGAUGCCAGCUCUCACCUCUCGCGUCCGACCGUCCACGACAACCGGGGCAAUCUCCAUACCCUCACAGUCUUCAAACGCCACUGCCGCUUCUUCCCCACAGAUGCAGCCGCAGCCGAUCCUCUCGCCCCUCCAGCUGCGCGACCUGCACCAGCUGGAGGAAGAGCGCCUGCUGCGCAUGUCGCAGCCGCGCCUCUCGGACCAGCACUUGGCCCUCGACCAGGACCUGCAGCAACAAGCGGACCGUGUGCGCGCAGCAAGUGUCGCUACCGGUGGUCCGAUCCCCUUCUACACGGCUCGACAGCACCAGUCGUACCUCGAAGGCGUGCGCGGCGAGAUCGCAAGAGACAUAUUCCCCAUCGACCCUGCUGCUGCCGCCGAGUAUCUCGUAUCGGGCAUCCUCCCUGGGCCGGAGCGCGGUGUGGAUGUCGCUGCGGCUGCGGCUGCAGCCGCCGCUGCGGCUUUCGGGCUUGGGCCGUCUCCCUUGCUGCCGCCGGUUUACGAGGUGGCUGCACAGAAUAGUACCGCCGAGCCGCCUACCGCACCGGUACGCACAACCUCUUUGUUGCACCAGGUUAGCGCCAGCGCCAAUGCAGGCGCGAGCAGCCGGGUGGAUGUCCAACAUCCUGCGGCCGGCCUCGAGUAUGGGAAGAUUAUCACCGGCCAAGAAGGAGAGCAGGAGCCGGAGGACUGGGACUCGGACGCAGAACAAGCUUCGGAAGUAGUAGCAGCAGCGGCGUCAGAGGUUGGCGAAAAGCUUGCAACGCUGGCUAUGGACGCAGGGAGCAUCGGUCAGUCUUCUCCGUCGUCUGCGGGGCUCUACUUGAACCUCGAGAAAGCGGGCGAGGCGACGAUGCGCGAUCUCGAGUUGCAGCGCCACCAGCGCCAGCUCGCUGAACCGCUACCACCGCUCAGCGAGCUCAUGCACGUCCGUGAUGACCCUGCUUCGCCACCUUCGGCGCAGCGCAGUGCGUUCCAUAGCCCAUCUCAGAGCACGAUGUCUGCCAGGGGUUCCGGCAUGGGCAUACACCCGCCUCCGAGCCUGUACAGCUCCUCGAGCAGUACAGCCCUUGACGAGCAUGGGCGUGGGUCGCCACGCGUCCCCGUCCCGCGGCCGAGGCUGCAGAGCAAAGUCUACGGCUUGUCCUCCGAUCUGCGCGAGCGCGUCCAGCGCGGCGUACCCGUCCAGGGCGAGUUUAUCGAGCGGGGCGACUGGAGGAACGAAGAGAUAAGCAUCAAGACGUUCACGCCGAACUUUAGCGUCGAGCUCGCUGCCAAGAGCUUUGACAUGCUCGAUAGGGCCGUCUUCAUCGGACGGGCUCCGCUCAUCAGAGGGGUUGUGCGCAUCCCUGCAUAUUCUGGCAAGUGGCUGGCUGUCAGGCUCUCUGCCCACUGCAGCUCGCCUUCUCCAAACAUCGAGGGCUCUUUAGGUCCAACCAAGCCUGUGAAGCAUGGCGAGCGCGAGAUCUUCGAGACAGUGGAUAUCUAUGACCCUCGAAAAUUCCAGACCAAACCAAAACUUGCGCCGCACGAUCCGCGGACUGGAAUACGAGAUCCGACGUGGGCGCCGCAGGACAAGCGCAACGACUACUUCGUCGAGAUUCCAUUCGAUAUUAAUCUUCCUGUCGGUGUCUCCUCGGUCUACAAGGACGGUAAGAUCGUACACCAGCCUACGCCCUUGCCACCCAGCUACGAGGCUACGGAUGACACUUUCACUGAGCAACCGUGGAAGGGAGAAGUGCGGGAUCGAUCUACCACUGCUGCGGUCAAAGAGGCCCUUGCAAAAGGUUUUACAAAGUCCACACGCCUUGGUGUUUGGUACAACAUUUGCUUCGACUUGUUUGAUGGAAGCGCCCCAAAGGACAACCAAGUGCCGAAGCUGUCCAAGUCGAAAGAGAAAAAGCGUGAUAAAGGGGACAGCAUGAAAAUUCCUUUCAUCUUUUUGGGAGAGCCCGGUAACCUUCGAUCGGGUCCGCAAAUGCUUCCACCUAUUAUCUCGCCCAAGUUCUUGCUCGAGCCUGGGUCAAAGCUCUGCGCGGGCUGGGCUUGCCACACCGGCAGGACACGGUGGGCCAAGGGGAACUGGUCCAUGUUCAAGCGAGAUCUGAAAGUGGAGCUACACCUGCCAAAGCCUGCAUACUUUGACAUUCCAUCGGUGAUACCGUUUCUGCUUGUUUUGCGCCCAGAGGAAAGCCAGCAGCUGCCUUCGAUGGAUGAUGAGGAGGUGCGGGAGAUCUUGUCUGGCUCGAGCAUGAAUUUCUCGCAUCUCUUCGGAGAAUCGAUUGGCGAUCUGCACGUUCUUGCAGAAAGGGGUGAAGACGCCUCUAUCGAUCAGCAGCUGUCAAUGCAAGAUCUCAACAACAAGGCGGCUGCGCUCAUGGAGAAAUACGAGUCAUCCUUCACACCAAAGAAAGUGGGGAGCUGGAUGAAGAAUAAGCUUGGCAAAGGCAGGGAAAAGGAGCAAGCAAAUGCUGCGGUAUCAUCGGAUACAAUGCUGCUAUCCGAAAAAUCUGGUGCGCGUUCGGACGCAGAUGUUGACAAAGCUGGGGUCGCAGAAAAGGGCCUCCCGGCACUAAGCGAGAAGGCCCGCCUCUCACCUUCUUCAUCGUACCGGACAUUUAAGCGUCCGGGAACGAUGGAGACAUCCCAGACGAGCAGCGCCGCUACUGUCGCAAGCAUGGCGUACAGUCAAGCUCCGAGCGCCAUCACAGUUACGACCGUGCAUGACAUUUGCUCCUACAUUAAGGUGACGCUCGUCCAGCUGCUCCAUGCCGAGGAGGGUAAUGUUAAUUCCGCGCCAACUGUCAGGCGGCGAGUCCUUGCUCAUGCUGAUCUGGAAGAGGUCGAUGUUGGUACAAUGUUCAUGCGCGAAGAGGACUUGAACAACCCGAAUCCUCGACCGCUGCAUCCCAAGGUGCAAGAGGCAAUCUCCAUGGCCAAGAAAGAGGGAUGGCGUGUGGUGCAGGGAAUGAUCCGCAUCGGAUCCGAGCAUUCACCUGGAUUCAAAUGCCAAGGGAUCGCUGUUAGGCACGCUCUCAAGGUCGAUCUUCUGCCUUUCACCAAAGUCUUGCGGAAGGCGGUCAAGGAGACGGCGCAGCUAACCGAUAUCUCCGACACGUCCUCCCAGGGCUCCUUUGGCACGCUGAAGCAUACGAAUGGAUCGGGAGAGAAGAUGUCUGCAUCAAAGAGUGGCGCCUCGCUCGACCUCUCCCUCUCGCCUGCAUUCAACUCGUCCAGCCUGUUUGGCUCACGACCCAGUACUGCCAGGAAGACACCACCUUCCCCGCAGGCCGGGCGCUUUGGUACCUAUGGCCCUGUCAUCGUCAGGCACGGCCCCUCCUGGCGCUCGCAGACUCGGUCGGCAGGGUCUGUUUCGUCCGGCAAAGGUGCCAACAACGGUGUGCACACGGGGAAUGAGGAGACGAGCACCAGCAGUGCAAAGAAUGAUGAGGCAGCUUUCCAGUACGAGCCAGAUGUGGAAGAAGUGAAGCUGGAGUCAGAGCCACAGGGGGCGCGCGCCAAGAAGUUUGGCGAAGAAGUGGAUCUGAUCAAUCGCAAGGUGUCCUACCAGGAGCGUCUCUAUCAGAAGAAGCCGCAACAACAGCAGCAGCAGCGCCCGGGGACGGGCCGCAUGCUGCCCCCACGCACGCCGGCGUCGCUCGCGGCCCCGCGCAUGCGCCUCGGCACGGCGACUAGCAGCGCGUCAGGCCUGUCGAGCUGGAGCAGCGCGAACCGCAGCGACAUUUCGGGCACAUGGUCAACGUUCACGAUGGACCCCUUGAGCAUGAACAAGGAGUUUUCGCUGCAUAAGACGUAUGGCGUUGUCUGGGUCGACGUUAGGCUGCAGCGCGGAAAGGUCAAUCAGAACGUGUACGGGGCUGAGAUCUGAGAAUUUGAUAUUGGGUUGGGACAGAUUUUGGAAGUUAAAGUGUUGAAGCAACAUUGUGUUAUCGCAAGCAAUUUUCAAAGGGGCAACGUCCGAAGGAACCAUCCAAGCAUUCCUGUCGCAGGGCGAUCAUAUCCAUACUUCCUCAUGUGGGUCAUGUAUCUUAACAGCGUUCCAAAUCAUUGGGGGCUCAAG